AUGGUUGCACUCUUCACCUAUAUUAUCACAACCGCUUCUAUCUAUCUAUCUAAAUCUGUUCUUUAUCUAUCUAUCUAUUUAUCUAUCUAUCUGUCUGUCUGUCUAUCUAUCUAUCUUAGAUUGCUCAUAUCUAUUUAUCUAUCUAUCUAUCUAUCUUAUUUUGCUCAUAUCUAUCAAUCUAUCUAUCUAUCUAUCUAUCUUAGAUUGCUCAUAUCUAUCUAUCUAUCUAUCUUAGAUUGCUCAUAUCUAUCUAUCUAUCUAUCUUAUUUGCUCAUAUCUAUCUAUCUAUCUAUCUAUCUAUCUUAUUUUGCUCAUAUCUAUCUAUCUAUCUAUCUAUCUGUCUAUCUAUCUAUCUAUCUUAGUUUGCUCAUAUCUAUCUAUCUUAGUUUGCUCAUAUCUAUCUAUCUUAGAUUGUUCAUAUCUAUCUAUCUAUCUAUCUAUCUAUCUAUCUAUCUAUCUAUCUAUCUUAUUUUGCUCAUAUCUAUCUAUAUAUCUAUCUAUCUUUCUUAG